AUGAUCAUCCUCAUUACCGUACUCGUGCUCGGCAGCUUGGUGCACUACCUCUGGAGGAGGGAGGCCGGCCUGUCUGAACCCUGGGUCCCCGAUCGGGGCUCAAUUCUGUUUAGCGAACGGCCCCUGCAGCUGCCGGCGGAAGACUGCUUCUUACCAGACAAUUACACGCUGCCGCUCCGCACGCGGGGCCGGGACAUUGUCGACCAGACGGGCCGCAGAUUCAAGCUCGCGUCGGUCAACUGGUACGGAGCCAGCGACGAGCUCUUCGUGCCGGGCGGGCUCGACGUGCGGCACCGCGACGCCAUCGCCCGGACGAUCCGCGACCUCGGCUUCAACAGCGUGCGCCUGCCCUACAGCGACGAGAUGGUCGUGGCGAACCCGGUCAUCCCGCCGCACCUGGUGGCCGCGAACCCGGACCUCGCGGGGCUGCGCGCGCUGGACGUGUUCGAGGCCGUGGCGCGCGCCCUCACCGGCGCCGGCGUCGCCGUCGUCGUCAACGACCACAUCACGAGCGCGACGUGGUGCUGCGGCGCGGACCCGUGCGACGCCGGCUGGGCAAACGACCACCUCGGCCCGCUGUGCCGCGUCUCGCAGACCGAGGAGGGCUGGAUCGCCAACUGGGAGACGGUCAUGUCGCGGUUCGUCGACGACCCGCUCGUCAUCGGCGCCGACCUCCGGAACGAGGUCCGCGGCGUCUGGGGCACCAUGACCUGGGACCGGUGGGCCGCCGCGGCAGAGAGGGCGGGUAACAGGCUCCUGGCCAUGAACCCGGACUGGCUAAUCGUCGUGGGUGGCACCGAGUCGUCCAACGACCUGUCCGGGGUGGCGGAACGGCCGGUGCGGCUCGACGUCGACCACCGGGUCGUCUACUCGGCGCACGUCUACUCGUGGUCCGGGUGGGGCAGCCUCGGCGGCCGGUACGCGACGCGCAGCUACCCGUCCUUCGCCCAGUCGAUGCGGAAGAACUGGGCGUACCUGGUGGAGGAAAACCUGGCGCCCGUGUGGGUCGGCGAGUUCGGGGCGCCGCGACACCCGGGCAAGGGCGACGCAAACUACUGGCGGAACCUGAUGAGGUUCCUCGAGGCCGUCGAUGCCGACUUUGGCUACUGGGCCGUCAACCCGCGCAAGCCGAAAAACAACGAGGAGGAGUCGUACUCGCUGGUGGAGGACGACUGGGUCACGCCCGUCCUGGACUACCGGAUGAAGGACAUGGUGGAGCUCAUGAGAUUAUAG